AUGUCCUCUGAAGAAUACAUUUACUUUCAUCGGCAGUGCCCCAUCACUGGAGACACAUCAGGCUUGGGCGUCUGUCACCUCAUGGAACCUACCACCCAUCUCGCCGACCUCAGUAACGAAGAGAUGGCCCGUAUGGAAUGGGCCUGGGGACUGGAAAGAGGCGGCUUCGACUACUAUGUCGGUAGUCCUGCCAACGAUAUCUAUUUUCGGCGCAAUAUCGCAGACAUGUUCGCAAACGAAGAAUUCAUUCUCCUACCUACCCACAAGACAUACAAAGACGCGAUGGAGUUCAGUCGACGCAUCGGGUUUUGCGAUCGUGAGGAGGAUGACUAUUCACCCCGGCGGCCCUUGACGGCGCUCGGUCGCGUCUUCCGCUACGUCUUCAUACCCUUCUCUGACGCGGCGCAGAAGAUUGCCGAAGAAAUCCCCAUGCAACAGCAGACCGACGAAGACUGGAACGGUGGAGUCAACCCAGUUACCGGAGAGCCUAUGGAGCCGUGGGUCAAGGAAUUCCGAGUGGUAGAGACCCAUUCCCAUCUCGUCUCCGUCUGCUAUGCCGCCCGCCAAGUGCUUGACGUCUCGUCUCGGCGACCGGGUCUCACUCUCUGCCCUUGGACGUUGUGCCUGUACAAACUUGAAAAGCAAUGGGGUAUCGGCCGCUUCGGGGCGUGUCUAAAAGUUCCUCAAUGGUUCAUCGACACUCCCGAAAACGACGACGAGAGCCUGAGCGGCUCGGAGGCUACCGGCUACUGGCCAUUCCUCGGCUUCGACACCCCCUCGGCGAACCGCAUCCUCGGAUACGCGUCGUCCGGUGGCACCAGCGUUUCGCAGAGCAGCAGCCGGGUUCAGGAGUGGAUGAAGGACCUGCCGCAGCGCAGAGUGACAAGGAAGUCGUCUGUUUGCUCCGCAUCGAAGGCCACCAUACCUGGCUUUUGGGCCUCCGGCCCUGUUCGCAAGCAACUCGUCACGAUGUCCUCCGAAUACGUCUGCAUCGACAAGAAGUGCUCUAUCUCCGGAGCCAAAACCGGUCUGAGUGUCAUUCGCCUCAUUAGCCCUUAUAAAUUACUCAACGCCACUGACGAGGAGAUGGCUCGGAUGGAGUGGUCUUGGGGCAUGGAAAGAGGUGGUCUCGACUAUUACCUGUCCAGUGCUCCCAAUGAUAUAAUUCUCCGAGACGAUAUCGCGGAAAUGUUUUCCAACGCGGAAUUUGUUCUUCUCCCCACACACAAGACCUUCCAAGACGCCAUGGAGUUCAGAGAACGGGCUGGCUACAGUGAUCGCGACGAAGCAGACCGCUUUCCACUGCGGCCCAUGACCGCGCUGGGUCGUGUCUUUCGCUACGUCUUCAUAUCCAUCACCGACGCUGCCGAGGAGCUCGCACGCCGAUUGCCCUUACAUCGUCAAACCGACGAAGACUGGAACGGAGGGGUCCACCCAUACUCUGGGACCGUCAUGGACCCGUAUUGGAGACAGUAUUCUGUGGUGGAAACUCACUGUCACCCUGUGUCGAUUUGCUGGUACGCCAGGAUGGUGCUUGACGUCGCAACUUCCCGCGGCUGGGAGAUCAGUAUCUGGCCGUGGAUGUCCUGCCUGACCGUCCUUGAAGAACAGUGGGGUAUUGGCCGGCGUAGCAGGGCUCCUCCGGCUCCGCAAUGGUUCGUCGACUCGCCCACGCGCGAGGAUGACGACGAGAGUCUUCCCGAGUCUCAACAAACUGGAUACUGGCCACUCAUCCGCUCUCGCGCCGAUCCGUUGGGUCGCGUCCCCGGAUACGCGUCGUCAGGUGGCACCGGCGUCUCGCAGAGCAGCAGCCGCAUCUCAGAGUGGAGGAAGGACUUGCCGCAGCAUGCGGCAGUGCGGUGGUCCGAGCGAUCAACGUCGAAUCCGAUCAUACCCAGCUUUCGGACCUCCCCUGCUCGCAAGCUUAGGCUUGCCAAGUCUGGCCAGGGCCGGGCAAUGGAGAGAGAGCCGGACUGGACGCGGCAGAAGGGUCGCUUUCCGACUCCGUUGGACGACAAAAACAGUAGCAGAGUCACAAACUUUGGCUGCAUCUGCUUCGGUGAAUACCUCACUUCUCACAUGAUCAUGACCUCCGAAUACACCCACUUUCGAAAAAAGUGCGCUAUCACUGGUGUCACCCAGAACCUGGGUGCUUUCCGUCUGAUCGAUAUGAACACAAACCUGGCGGACGCUACUGACAUCGAGCCUGCGAACGACAUCUAUUUUCGCAUGGAUCUCGGGAAGUUGUACGAAUGCGGAGACUUUAUACUCCUUCCCUCUCUCAAGACCUACGCGGACGCCAAGGAGUUCAUCCAAAGAGCGGGCUAUCGCGAUCGUGACGAGGAAGACGACUCCCCAAGGCGCCCUCUGACUGCACUCGGGAAGACCUUCCGCUACGUCGUCGUCCCCCUCGUGGAUCGUGCCCGAGAGCUACUCGCUCAGGUCCCUAUGCAAAGUCAAACCGACGAGGAUUGGAACGGCGGGAUGCACCCGGUUACCGGGAAGCCUGUGCCGUCGUGGCAUAGGGACUGGCCGGUGGUGGAGACUCACUGCCACCCUGUUUCUAUCUGCUACUUCGCGAGACGCGUCUUGGAUAUCGUGGGCUACGACUGGGCGACUAUCGACAUAGGGCCAUACGAGUCUGGCCUCGUGAGUUUUGAACACGGGUGGGGUAUGGGCCUCCCCGGCAGUCAUGUCCAACCCCCGCAAUGGUUCGUCGACUCUCCCGAGAAAGAAGACGACGACGAGAGCCUGAGUGGUUCUGAGGCCACCGGCUACUGGCCACUCAUCGGCUCCGGCGCCGAUUCGUCGGACCGCGUCUCCGGAUACACGUCGUCGUCCGGCGCCUGCUCCUCGCAGAGCAGCAGUCACAUCCUGGAGUGGGCGAAGGGCGUGCCGCAACACAAGACGGUGGAGCGAAAGCCGAGCGAGCGACAUACGACCAAGUCGAUUAUCCCAAGCUUUCAUGACACCCGUGGCCGCAAGGUCAAAUCAUCGAAGUGGGCAGAUUCGAGCCAGGGCUCAGCGCGUAUAGCGGAACCGGGAUGGAUGCGGCAGAAUGGUCGAUUUCCGAGCCAUCAGUUCACAAGUAACGAUUGGGCUUUAUUUUGUUUUGGAACGAGGCUGUCGGAGGACGAGGAGAGCUAUACUUAUUGA